GGAGGAUGUGGAGUACCGUGCCUGGAAAAUACACGGACACUAGCCGCAACUAGCAAGUGAGCACGAACGAACGAAUUGAGUCGCGUGUAUGUUGAUAAAUUAGGACUGCCAAAAGCCGCAGACAGUUCACCGGCGAUUAAUAACAGCGCAUUAUUAACUUAGCGUUGUUAUGCAAUUUAACGCUUUCGGUGCUCUCUCUCCUGGUCAGUCGGGCGCUGGGAGUUGCGCUCAGCUGCUAUGCUGUAGUUAAAAAAAUGACUGGAUUGUUUAAAGUUAAGUGUCGAGCUUUAUGUCUACCGGAGACUCAUUUUAAAGGAUUUGACGUUUCUUUGGUGGAUUCGGAGAGGUGGUGGCUGUAGGUUUUUUCAAAAGAGUGUUCAGACGAGGUCAGCGCGGAUGGGACUUAAAAGACUUCAGAAAGGGCCUGGUUGGGAAAGGGAGUGAGUAUGGACAACCUUUCUGACUUCGGUGGCCCCUGUCCAUCCUCCCACAGGGAAUGGGACACCAACAGCUGCGCGGACGAUUUAAUGGAUGAAGAUGAAAAAGACAGGGCAAAAAGGGCAUCCCGUAACAAAUCGGAAAAGAAAAGAAGAGACCAAUUCAAUGUGCUCAUCAAGGAGCUAUGCACCAUGCUGCAGGGUCAGGGCCAUCCGCGCAAAAUGGACAAAUCCACCAUAUUGCAGAGAACUAUUGACUUCUUGCAGAAACAGAAAGAUAUCACUGCACAGAAUGAAACUUGUGACGUGAGACAAGACUGGAAACCUUCAUUCCUCAGUAAUGAGGAAUUCACUCAGCUAAUGCUGGAGGCCCUCGAUGGUUUCUUGGUAGCAUUAACAACAGAUGGAAACAUCAUAUAUGUAUCUGACAGUGUGUCUUCACUUAUGGGCCAUUUACCGUCAGAUAUGGUGGACCAAAAUAUCUUGAAUUUCCUCCCGGAGCGUGAACAUGGUGAGGUGUAUAAGCUGCUAUCAUCCCACAUGCUGAUGACUGACCCCAUUGCUGCUGACUUCCUUGACAGUGAGACACAUAUUGAAUUUUGCUGUCAUCUAGCCAGAGGUAACAUUGACCCAAAGGAGCCGCCUGUAUACGAGUAUGUCAAGUUUGUUGGAGAUUUCAAGUUUCAUAACAAUGUGCCUACAUCUUCUUGUAACGGGCUUGAGUUGACGUUACCAAGAAGCCUGCAGUCAUCGCUGGAGGAGCAGGUCUGCCUCAUAGCUACUGUACGAUUAGUCACUCCACAGUUUCUAAAGGAUUUGUGUAAUGUGGAUGAUCCCUGUGACGAAUUCACAUCCAGACACAGCCUUGAAUGGAAGUUCCUGUUUUUAGAUCACAGAGCUUCACCAAUCAUCGGCUAUUUACCCUUUGAGGUUCUUGGAACUUCUGGCUAUGAUUACUAUCAUGUGGAUGACCUGGAGCUUAUAGCUCAAUGUCAUAAGCAAUUAAUGCAGUUUGGAAAGGGUAAAUCCUGCUACUAUCGCUUUCUGACCAAAGGCCAGCAGUGGAUCUGGUUGCGGACGCACUACUACAUCACCUACCACCAGUGGAACUCCAAACCCGAGUUCAUCGUCUGUACUCACACUGUUGUCAGUUAUGCUGAAGUGCGAGCUGAAAGGAGGAGAGCAUUCGGCCUUGAGGAGUUGUCUCCACCUGAGAUAGCUCCCUCGUCUGUCAAGGCUCAGGAGCUGUACUUGGACAUCUGCUCUACACUGGACCCUCCGCGGGACCGAAACAACGGCGCACGUUCGGUAUCCUCCCACAGCUCCCGGAAAUCCUCCCACACAGCGCUGUCAGACUCUGCAUCAGCUAACUCCUACACUGAGCCCUGCACACCAUCAUGGCAGUCUGUGUCCAUGGGGACAGAGAAGACGGCUCCCAGACUCCAACCUAGUAGUUCUAAGAAUUUGGCACAAAGGCAAAAUUCCUUUGACCUCGUUCCCCAACUGAGCCUUCCCCUUUCUCCCACCUGCAGCAAGCACUCCGCAAUGCAAACACAGCAGCAGCAACAGCAGCAGCAGCAGUCUGUCUAUCAGCUGCAGCAGCCCCAGCUCGGUGUAAUGAACCAGCUGAAGGAACAGCUGGAGGAGAGGACACGCAUUCUGCAAGCUGACAUUAAGACGCAGCAGCAGGAGCUGCACGACAUAAAGGAAAAGCUUCACCUCGCUAAUAUCCAGAUGUUAUUACAGCAGCCUAUCCACAAUGACUUCGGUCAGCCCCAGCAGCCCCAGCAGCCCCUGCAGCCCCAGCAGCCUCAGCAGCCCCAGCAGCCCCAGCAGCAGGGCCCAGGCCGGCCUGUCCAGCAGAGCCAGUCAGGGGUCAUCAGGCAGCUCUCGAGCCACCCUAAACCACCGUCCUGUGGGUCCCACAGUGGGUCUCCUCACUCACUCCUGAGAGAGAACAGCUCACCUUCGACGCAGGUCCAGCAGAGGAUUGCACGGAGCAGCCAAGUGCAGUCAGUGAGUUUACCGGUGCAGACCAAUACCAGUUUGACGAUGCCCUUCUACAGCAACCCCAUGAUGUUCUCUCAGACCAACACGAGGCCUCUGCAGGACGCAAACCAAAGACACACAGACAGCGAGUUCAGCCAAGAUGGGCAACUACGCAUGCUCCUCAACCAGCCAAUGCAGACACUGGUCCCAACUAGCAGUGUAACCUCACAAGCUUCCCAGUGCAACAUGGGAAUUUCCCAAACCAUAUACACCUUGGAGCAGCAGAUCCUCGCCCCGUCAUUCUCCAUGCAACAGGUCAACUGCAACGCCGUCCUCGUGCCCUCUCCGGUUUUCACAUCCCCCAUCAUGAUCCCUCACAACAGUUUCAUCACACACCAGUCCCAGUCGGCCUACCCCACUCAGCCUCAGGCUUCUCAGCACUCCCUGCAGCUACAGCAGCCCCAGCAGUUCUUUCAGAUGACUCAAGGACUUGUGCACAGCGGACCUACUCCAGCAUUCUUACACACCACUAAUGUCCCGCAGCAAGGCACUGUGGAAUACAUCCAGCAGCAGCCGCAAACACAGCAACUGCAGCAAGCGCAACAGCCUCAACAGCAGCAAAGACAAUACCAACAUUCCCAAAACCAGACUGGCAGCGUGUCAGACUUCCGAAAUAUGCUGACUCGGUAGCGCUGCGGACUGCGUCAGAGCGCUGAGAUCUCCCUCGGUGUUGUCGCCCGCGCUGGCGUCAGCACGCUGUGGCAUUUAGAAGUCAAAAAACGUUGACCUCGAGAUGUGCGGCGGAAACACUUGAAAGCAGGAAAAUUGCUUGUAGUGACCUAACGUUUGUGGUCUGUGCGUCACUGGAGCGAAACCACAAGCAGAGGCUGCACUGACCUGAUGUCACUGCCAGGAUCUGAGGAGACUCUGAGGUGCAGGACCUUCAUCGCUGGGCCGCUGC